AGCAUACUUUCUGGUUGUCGCUCCAUCGCUGUAAAUACACUUUUGACUUGUAUUGGAUUCAAACAGCGUCAAUUUGCAGCAAUUUAUACAUUAUGGCUGACGAAUACGAUAUAUACGGCGAUGAGAACUUUGGUGAUCUUCAGAACGAGGAUCUGUUUGAGGAUGUAGUCACAGAUAGUCCCGCACGCUCAUCAAAACGGGCUAAGACUGAAUCAAGUGGAACCGGACAAGGAGACGACGAUCUGUUUGAUGAUUUUGGCGAAUAUGAUAAAGAAUUCAAAGAUGUAAAUAAUCAGAACAUGACACAACAGGCAGACUCUUCUCAAGGAGAUAAUGCAUCAAAACAAUCCCCACCAAACGCCAGAAAAUUAAACGCGGCACCACCACAGUCGCAACAACAACAUCAACAACAACAAUACCAAUAUAGACCCACUUCACAACACCAGGUGAAGGAUACGUCUGAGAACACUGCUCCAGCGUCUAAGCGAGAGCAGUCUACUAGUAUGAGUCAAUUACGAGGACGAGAGACGCAUCCCACGAGCGCAUUGUAUGUAGGAGAACUAGAUUGGUGGGUAACUGAUGACGAUUUGAAAGAGCCGAUAAUGAAUGUUGGCAUCGGCGCGGAACUCAAGGACAUUACCUUUUACGAGCACAAAGUGAAUGGAAAAUCAAGAGGUAUUGCAUUUCUAGAUUUUACUACUGAAGAAGCUUGCUCGCGGGCCAAGGCUGCCUUAGAGCAGACCGAUUACUACGGCAAGCUUCCAGUCGUUUCCUAUACAUCCGCACAGAACCCUUUCAAGCAUAUUCCAAAAGAACCUGUUCCAAAAUCACAGCGCAUGCAACAACAACAAAUGAUGGGACGACCGGGCAUGAACACUAAUCCUCAACAAAUGAUGCAAGGUGGAGGCUUCAACCCCAUGAUGGCAGCAGGCGGUUUCAUGAACCCGUAUGGAGGCUUCCCUAAUCCUAUGAUGGCGGCGAAUUUUAUGGGAAACACGGGUGGUGGCGGUAGGGGUAACAUGCGAGGAGGAAGCCAAGGCAACUAUAUGAAUCGCGGCGGCCGCGGUGGUGGCAUGAUGGGAUACGGCGAUGGAACAGGAUUCAACAACGCUGCAGGAUAUCCAGGCAUGCACAUCAACCCAGCAUUCUUUGAUCAACAGGGAUAUGGACAGGGAGGGUAAGUGACGCAGUAGCCAUGAUUGGUA